GGGACGCGCGGGAUGGACGCCGUGGCCGCGGUGAUGGAUGAAGUGGCCCUGGAGGGCCUGGACGGCCUCACACUCGGGGCCCUGUGGUGCCGCCUCGAGCACCGCGUCCCCCGGUUCCAGCUGCAGCUCGACCCCGACACGCGCCGCUUCCUGUGGGCCGCGCUCGGCGCCAACCCCGGGCUCCAAUUCUACCGCCUGCCCCGGGCCAGGCCUCCCCUGGUCUAUAUAGACAGGUAUGAAGAGAUUGAUCCAGAGACAGGAAUUCAGGAGUCGUACAGGGAUCCUACCCCCAGAUAUGACGUCUAUCCCAUUAAUAUCAUUUUCGACCAGGAUGAAAUCCAGGGUUCCUGUCUCUACUUUAAUGAGCGGGUUUGCAUAACUGCAGAGAUUAGGAAUUCAGAUUUCCAGCCAACUUGCACAUUGGACGAGGCUGUAGCAAGAUGGGGAGAAAAACUCGUCAUUGUUGCCUCCCAAAUGAUGCGGCACCGAGCUCUGAUCGGGUGGGAAAACGAUAUAGAAUUGAAGCUGCCUGACUAUUCCUAUUGUAUCCUGGAGAGGUUAGGCCGAGCGAGAUGGCAAGGGGAGCUGCAAAGAGACCUUCACAGCGGAGCCUUCAAAAUAGACGCUCGGAAAAUGCAUUACCACAGAAGAGUGCUGGACAGAAACGAUCUGAUAACCCUUCAGGCUCACGUGAUUCGCCAGGCCAAUGGGAACCAGCAGUACUCCAUUCUCCUGCUCCUCAAGCGCUUUCACGUAGACAGGAGAAGCAAAUACGACAUCCUCAUGGAGAAAAUCUCCAACAUUCUCACUGGGCGUCCCAAUCAGAUUGACAUCUUGCAAAAUCUUCGGGAUGAGCUGGGACUUUGUGAACGAACGUUCAAAAAGCUUUAUCAGUACCUGGUGGCAGCUGGUUUAGCAAAGAUAGUCUCCAUUCCUCUUCAGGAGCUGCAUCCUGAUAGCGGGCCACGUGUGACCAAAAAAGGAACUCAAAUCAUUGUCCGGUGCCUCAAACUGUUAAAGGCGUACAGGAAAAAGGUGGAGGAAGAGGACGACGAUGAUGAAGAUAGUGCCAGCAAAGCAGUUGAAAGUGUGGAUGUAGUUUAUGAGAGAGAUAUGUUGACCCAGGCAUACGAACUAGUUGAGAAAAGUGGCACCCGAGGGAUUUCACAGUCUGCGAUCCGAAUGGCCUUGAACGUGGGAAAGCUGGAGGGCCGUAUGCUCUGCCGCUUGCUGGAAAGAUACAAAGUCGUUACGGGUUUUAUGGAAGAUGAAGGGCGUCAGCGCACGACCAAGUACGUGGCCAGGCCGUUUGUGGCCCAGAGUGAGCUGAGCAAGCAGUUUGAGAAGGAAAAGGCAAGACACGAAUGGCUAGCGACAGCGAGCCUUACAUCUCCUGAACCCACCGAAGAGGAACAUUGUCCACCGAGCGGAGGGGAAGAGCCCGGAGAGGACGUCACUGAUUACGUACACGAAGAUCUGCCCGAGGAAACACCGGCAGAGGCAGCGGCUGAUCAAAGCGACCCCGUACCUUCUCCGGCUCUCCCACUGGAGGAGAACCGACCGGUGCCGUCCCACUUGGAACCGAAGGAGAAGAGUUGCAUCGCCUCCCAGACCAUCAUUAACCAAGGAAAGAAAUUAGUCAAGAGUGCGCUGCUGAGAAAACUCAAACUGAAGAAAGGGCUGCGACGAACCAAGUUGGGGAAAGUUGUAACAGGAAGGAAACGAUGCAGUUUGCGAAAGCUGGCUGUUGGCAAUGGACAGCCACAGAGCCUGGAGAAGGGUGACGAGGAGCCAGCCGGAGAGGCCGAGGCUGAGCCCUCGCAGCAGGAUUCAGGAGUCGCCCUUUCGGCCCACUCAGAAGAGGAAGAGAUUGCUGUCAUUGAAGAGGUCAAGAUUGAAAAGCCAACGGAGAGGGAGUGCGGCAGCAAGAUAAAGAAAUUGUGCCGGCCCCGGUUAAAGAGACCUCAUGAAACCUGCCGGCUGCUCAAACGCAAAAACAUGAUCAUAGAAGCUGUGCGGAGUCUGAAGCUGAUUGAAAGUCUCUUCUCGCUUCAGAAGAUGAUCAUGGACCAGGAGAAGCUGGAUGGCAUCGGAACCAGGUGCUGCAAGAAAUCUAUCAUAAGAAUGGUGCAGACAUUGUCCCAGGAAGGCUUCCUCAGACUCUACCGCACCACAGUGAUACAGGACGGCAUCAAAAAAAAGGUGGAGCUUGUUGUUCAUCCAUCAAUAUUUCCCACCGAUCCGCUUGUGAAAAGCGCCAUUGAGCAAGUGCGGUUUAGGAUCUCCAGCUCAUACACAGCUCACAGAAUGAAAGCAUCCCAGAACCAAGCUCAGAGAGAAAAGCAGGAAAGUGAAAAGGCGGCUGCGGAGAUGGAGGCAAACAAAGGUUCCGAGACGCCCAGCAAACCCUCCACCAAGAGAACCGAAGAGAAGAUGGGCGUCACCCCAUUGAAGAAUUACCACCCGGUCAUAGUUCCCGGGCUCGGACGUUCACUUGGCUUUCUGCCCAAGAUGCCUCGGUUGCGCCUGGUCCACACCUUUCUGUGGUACGUUGUUUAUGGACAUCCUCUCCGGAAGCCUCCCGCUGAAGCACUGAACAGUGAGGCAACAGAGGCUCUGGCCACAGACACGGCGGAAGAAGCUUUGAGCUCAGCAAUGUCAAAUAAGGUCACUGACGUCCCUAAGACAAUACUGAGCGAAUCCAAUCUGGGCACUGGAGCUGAAACAUUGGCCCCAAACGCUGACAGUGAGGGCACCCAAUGGAACUGCGAGAUUGAACCUUUAUUUGUCAACAAGACCGUGUAUGCAGACGAGGCAACAUGGAAGAGAUAUACUCCUGCUACUCCUAUUCACAAAGAGUUUGGGCAAGGCUGGGCUCUUGUUAGCGAUGUUCUGCUUUGUCUCCCUCUCUCCAUCUUCAUCCAGAUAGUUCAAGUCAGCCACAAGGUUGACAAUAUGGAAGAGUAUAUAAAUGAUCAAAUGAAAAAGUUCUCUCUAGUUAAACACCUGCCGCAACCAAUGAGGCAGCAGCUCCUUUAUAAGAGGAGGUACAUCUUUUCUUUCUUUGAGAGUUUGCAGCGUCUGUGCUACAUGGGGUUGCUGCAGUUCGGUCCGACAGAAAAAUUUCAAGAGAAAGAUCAGGUUUUCAUUUCUAUCAAAAGGAAUGCCACCAUUGUCGACACGACCAGCUGUGACCCCCAUUAUAACAUGGCCAGAAGCAACCGACCGUUCGAUAAACGGCGCUACACCUUUAACCGCUUCCAGGAUGUGGAGAGCUUCUGGUUUGACCUGAUGUGUGUGUGUCUGAAUACACCACUGGGAGUGAUUCGGUUCCCUCGCCAGAACAAAAAGAGUGGUCAAGCGACACAAGCGGGAGCAGAGGAGCGUGUACCCAAUUCGGUGAUGGACCAAGAGACAGCAGCUGGCCGUCACACCCUGGAGCGGAGGUGUGCCAUGCUGGAGUACACAACGGGGAGCCGCAGUCUGGUGGAUGAUGGGAUCAUACCCGGCGAUGGCCUCGGGGCGGCAGGUCUCGAUUCAAGCUUCUUUGGACAUCUGAAGAGAAACUGGAUUUGGACCAGUUACAUUAUCAGCAAUGCCAAGAAGAACAACACACCCGCAGAGAACAGCCCAGCCCUCAGAUUACAGAUCUUCCUGAGCAAACAUCCCCUUUCUCUCAGUAUUGCAGGAAAUGCACUGAAUAUGCUGGGGGCUGCUGAAGAGCCACUGGCCAGGAGAGCGGAAGACAUUCGGAUGGAAAAAGAGCUCAACAUGGGCAGAAACAAACGAGUGGGUGGCGGGAAGGGCAUGAAGAGAAAAUCGCCUGAGAAGGACAGCGUGAGGAGACCGAGGAAGAGGAAGAGGAGAAGGAAAGACGAGUCGUCGGAGCAGCAAAAAGCAAAACGGUUCCGCUUCCACGACGAUGCUGAUAAGAGCGCGCUGUGCCGCAUGACAAAGCUGCGGGUGACUUGGACAGCUCAGGAAGACAGUCUGCUCAUGCUGUGUCGAGUGGCCAGCCAUGUCCUCAACAAGAAAGUAAAGGGGCCCUUUGUGCCCUGGCAAGCUGUGAGAGAUGUCCUGCAUGCUCAUUUUGAAGAGGCACUGGAUAAAACCUCUCUGGCUGUGGGCCGGAGAUCCCGCUAUAUCCUCAGGAAUCCACAGACGAUGCUUAACUACAGGAUCUGUCUUGCCGAAGUCUAUCAGGAUCAUGACUUAAUUGAAGAAUUUAUGAAUAAGAGUGGUGAUUAUCAAGACUUCCACGUUUGUUCGGCGGAGUUUAAAGUAUUCGUAGGAAGACUGAGAGAGAAAUUCAGCUCAACAAUAGGAUCCGGAAAUAUUGACAUCCCAGACACUCUGCAGGAAUUGUUUGCCAGGUACAAAAUCUUAGUGAUUGGGGAAGAGGAAGAUGAAGAGCAGAAGCAAGACGAGUUCCUGAGUAUUGAUGAUAUUCAUUACGUGGUCCUGCAGAAUCUCAUUCAGAGCACAUUAACUCUCUCGGACACACAGAUGAAAUCCUGUCAGUCUUUUCAGACUUUCCAUCUGUACAAACAAUACAAUGAUGAUGUCUUGGUAAAAGUCUUCGUUGAAUUUCAAGAGAAGAGUUUGAUAAACCGGCGUCGAGUCAGUAAAAGUUUAGGACCAAAGAAGAGUCGUGCUUUGCCUUUCGCACCCAUGUCUUAUCAGUUGUCGCAGACCUACUUCAGGAACUUUGUCUGGCGUUUCCCCAACUAUAUCUGUUCGGAGACGUACCAUUUUGUUGAAAAGCUCAAGUCGGCUGGAACGGCAGAUAUUCCCAACACCUUCUCCUUUCCCGGCAAAGAAACUCUGAUGGAGACAAACAUGGUCACCUACCCUCUGGACGGAAAUGGCGGCUACUGUGUGGCCACAAUAUCUUUGUUCGUCCUGGGUCUUCUCUCUUUCAGUGUCUCCAUUCCCGAGCAGAUAGUGGUGGUGGACAGCACGCUGGUGGACAACGAAGUUAUAAAAAGACUAGGGAAGGAAGGUUUGGAUGAUUAUGAUGAUGAAGAUCUGGAUGAAACUGGAAGCAAACCCAGAAUUGAGGUGAAGGCUCCUCAGGCCUCCCACACCAACUACCUGCUGAUGAGAGGCUAUUACGCCCCAGGAAUCGUCAACACUCGCAAUCUGAACCCAAACGACAACAUUGUGGUCAAUUCCUGUCAAGUCAGGUUAAAGCUGCGCGGUACACCAGCCCUCGGAGGUUUGGGCACGCAUGAUUUAGCUGUUCUGUACAAAUCUGCUUCAGGCGAGCAUGAAGUGCCUCAGUCGUUCACAAAGGUGGUGAGGCCCAGCACCGAGACCUACGGAGUGGAGAAGGUGAAGAAACACCUGAUGGAGGAGCUCGGCUACAGUCCUGAGGAUCUGGUCGCCGUUCAGGAGAUUAGCAACAGAAUCAAGGACAGCGCUGUGUUUGGUAUAGGCCAGACGGAGCUGGCAAAGGCCUUUGCUCAUUAUGAAGAGACACAGGAUGAAAGAAUGAAGACGUUAAAGCAGUACCUGCAGGAUUUAAUGGCCCUGGACCAAAUAGUAGCAGUCGGGGGUUACACAAACCGCUUUGUGGCAACAAUACACGCUCAUCCGUGGCUGCUGCACCCUCUCGAAGUGAAGAGAUUGAACGAGGAUCUUGCUUUACCGAGUUCGGUCGAGUUGGUAUCAGAGCAGAGCAUAUUCUCAAGGCCCAGAGCAAAUGGUUCAGAAUCGAGCACAGAGAACAAUGUCCUGGAAAGCACGGAGCAGUUUGAAGGAAGCAGGGAAAGCGUAAAGGCCGAUCCUAACACAGAGAUUGCACUGGACGAACGUGAUGGGUUGCAGGCGAACACUGCAGAAGCAGAAAAUGUGCCGUUAAGCUGCAGUCCAGUGUCAAUUGAAAAUGCAAAACGAAACAGUGAAGAUAUUGGAUGUGAAUUGGAUAACUGUGGCCAUCCUAGUAAGAGGUCUCGCCUCACAGAUGAGGCUUCUGAGUCUAGGCACGGUGACAGAAAUCCAGAUGAUACAGUGGAGAUAUUGAAGGCAGACCUUGUUCAGGAUACGCCAUCUUCCACCUGUUCUUUGAGCCGUAUGGAUCAGCCGUUAACAGAAUGUCAGGAUUUGUUACCAAGUGACCCAGAGAGAGAGGGUUGUGAGCUCGCUCACAGUGAAAGUCAAAGUGGAGAUGAACGUGCUGUUGAAAUUAUCCCUUUGGAUAGCAUUAAAGAGCAGAGCGUCUCUUCCGAGCUAAGUAAAGAAGAGUGCAGUAGUCAGCCAGGAAAUGCAACCAAAGUAGGUCCUGAAACAGAAAGUGCCCAAAUAGCAAAAUCGUCGCAAAUCCCAUUGGCCUGUGAAGAUGAACAGAUUAGCUUUGUUUGCCAUCCCUGGAGGAUUGUGGACGGGAGCCUGAACAAGCCAGUGCUCAAGGGAAUGAUUGAAGCUGUACUGUACCACAUUAUGACCAAACCUGGGAUCACAGAGCAGAAACUGUUGAGCUACUAUCACUCUGUACUGCAGCCAGUAGCUGUACUUGAAUUGUUACAGGGACUGGAAGAUCUCCGUUGCAUUCGAAGACGCUGCCUCGCCAAAUCCAAACCGGCUUCUUUGUUCUCCGCUCCUACAAGUGCUACAGAGGUGGAGGAUCCCAAACUGUCUGACAGCUGUACUGUUUUCUAUGAACCUACCAUAGACUGUGUUCUGAGACUGAGCAAAUUGUUUCCUCACGAACCCAACUGGAAUAAGUGGAUUCAGUGACGCCCGCCACAAAGCUGCACCCUUUUCGGGGCACAAUUUGACGACUUGUUUUAUUUUAUUGGUGAUGGCAACCUCUGUGGAGGGUCCCAGAAGAUUGUUUUUAAAAAUGAGUUGUAUGGUUACCAGCGAUUGUUGUCUGUCUGUCCAUGGAGUGAACGUUAAAUAUAAAAUAUCUGCUUCUUGGACUACACUUAUAAAGAACUCAAUUGCUUUUUAAUGAGGCCACCACUGGA